AUGGCAAAUGCAAUUGAUACUAUAACUGUUAAUCAAACCAUUAGAGAUGAUGAUAACAGCACCAUCAUGUCGGCUAAAGAAACUUUUCAAAUGGGAUUCUUUAGCCCUGGUAAUUCAAAGAGUCGGUUUUUGGGCAUAUGGUACAAAAAUAUAGCCAAUCUGACUGUUGUCUGGGUUGCUAAUAGAGAUACGCCACUCACUGAUACAUCAGGCAUGCUCAUGAUUGACGCUAAUGGAAUUUUAGUACUCACUAAUGGUGACAAUAAAAUAAUUUGGUAUGCGAAUGACAAUUAUCCUGAAGAUUUCCUCUGGCAGAGUUUUGAUCACCUUGGCGAUACUAUUCUACCAGGCAUGAAGUUUGGCUGGGACUUGGUGAAACGCUUAGAAAGGUAUCUCAUAUCCUGGAAAAGCCCGGAUGAUCCAUCUCCGGGCAAUUACACAUAUGGAGUCUAUCUGAAAGGAUAUCCACAGCGAGUUGUAUGGAAAGGUUCAGCUAUGAGAUUCAGGUUUGGACCGUGGAAUGGUGUUCAGUUCGGUGGCAAGUCUAAUUUGAUGCAGAAUAUGGUUUUCACAUAUGACGUUGUGUCUGACGAAGAGGAUUUGUAUUACAUGUUUAAACUUCUCAACAGUUCUGCUGCGAUGAGAAUGAUCUUAAAUUCAGACAGAGAUCUAAAAAUUCUUACUUGGACUAACAAUAUGCAAGGUUGGGAUAACACUGUGACUCUACCAACAGAUAAAUGUGAUGACUUUGCUUUAUGUGGGGCAUAUGGUAUUUGUAACAUUACUGAGCAAAAUUAUGGACGUGACAUCUGUGGGUGUUUGGAUGAGUUUGAGCCAAAAUUUUCAGAAAAAUGGAGGUUAGCAGAUCAUUCUGAUGGUUGUGUUCGCAAAUCUAAGCUGAUGUGUGGGAAUGAAGAUAGUUUUCAGAGUUACCCCAAUCUCAAAUUUCCAGACACUCGAAAUUCAUGGUUUGAUCGAAGUCUGAUCCUAGAGGAGUGUGCAGCUAAAAGCUUGAAGAACUGUUCAUGCACAGCAUAUGGAAAUAUUGAUGUAAAAGAAGGUGGAAGUGGAUGCUUAAUGUGGUUCGGUGACCUGCUUGAUAUCAGAGAAUAUCUGGGAAAUGUUCAAGAUCUUUAUGUAAGAAGGGCUGCUGGAGAAUUAGGUGAGUAA